UCCUUUUUAUUGUCACAGUUCAUCCUCAGAAUUUCUGAGACAAAAUUCAACAUGAAGAAAGCAGUUUUUCUAAUCAGGGACAGAGCAGGCUCUUGCGGACAGGCCCUGAAAUCUCUGCUGUGUUACAUCUGGGAUGCUUACUCCACACCCACUCCCUCACGCAGUGAGGCCCUGGCUCUGCUGUGUGUGUGUCUCGCAUUCUCCACGAUCACCGGCGGCCUGCUGCAUCACUGGCUGUCAGAGACUUUAGAAUAUAGCCGCGAAGUGUCUGUCCGGACGUCCGGCUUCUACGGCGUGGCCAUCUUCCUGCUCUCCUUCCUGUGCCAUCCCCUGCGCUGUGUGCUGACGCUGAUCCUCCCCACCGUCUGCACCAAACAGGGACGCAAGCUCCUAGCCUCGGCCUCCGUCGUGGUUCUGGUGCUGAACGUCGUCCCCAACAUCACCACCAACGUGGGGGCGGCCGCGCACGUCCUAAAGUGCACCGCUGAGGGAUUCUCCAGGACUCUGUUAAACUCGUCCGAAUCCUUCAACGUGGCCAAGCAAGACCUGGUCGAGGAAGCCAUGAAAAUGACGAUCGAGGACGCGAGCAUCGUCAGCAAUUUGAGGACCUUGAAUCUUCACACGCAUGUGGACGUGUCCGAGGUCAAAGGCAGAUUUGCCGCGGUGAUAGCGGAGAUAGCGGGCAACUUCUCCCACGCAAGGAACCUGCUCCGUGAGGGCAAACUGCUGUCCAACCGCAUCCUCGCAGCUGUUUUCGUGGCGUUACUAAUCAUUGAAUCGGCACGUUACUUAGCCUCCUAUCUGACUUCGGUUCAUUUUGAUAAUGGCUCCCUCCACAAAGAGCUUGGACAAAAAAACUCCCAUGCAGGGAAUAAAAGGCAGACCAAAAUCAAGAUCAAUGUUUGCAAAAUCACAAGUCAAGAAUGUACCUCUUGUGUCAUAUCAAUGGUUGUUGUAACAUUGUAUUUCAUUGCCAUUGCUUUAAUGGUAGUUCUGGAUCAUGUGGUGUAUUAUUUUGUUCAGAUGAUUUUGCCAUGGGUACUGGAUUUCCCACCGACAACUGCCAGCAUAAAUGUCAGUUACAAGGUCUCCUGGUUCCCCCCUGCUUCUUGCAUCGUCCCGCAGUGGUGCAAGACACAAGAGCUGACAAACUUCAACAAAGACUACAAGUGGAACUUCGACCCCGAGCCAUCACUCUGCAACGCACCAACCUCAGCUCCCAACAUGGGGGUCACGCUCCUGCUGGGCUGUCUCUGGCUCACGAGCUACUUCCUGGUGUUCCUUGAGGUUUAUGCGAGACGGCUCCGCAGAAAGAUCUGUGCAUCCUUUUUUAGAGAGCAGGAGGAGAAGAGAACGGCGUACUUCAUGAGCAAAAUAGAAGAGAAGCGGGAUAAAAUGAAGAAAGAAGCGCUUGUUACUGCUGAUGUUUCUGUUCGUAAGGGAAAUGGCACACCUUUGACACACUGUUUUCCAGGUCAUUCUCUCAGGUUGUGCUAGAUUGUUUGAACUGGGUAUAGCUUCAUCUCAAAAUGUGAAAAAAAAUGGAACUUGAGUAUGAAAUCUUCUACAUUCUCUAUCUAGUUCAAUCACACAGUGUGUGUGAGCUUUUGGAACACAAUGUAUAUUCAAUAAAUUAAACAUGCAUCAGUAAAUCAUAUUCCCAUUAGCUUUAUUCAUACUUUGCCUUCAGCCC